ACUCAUUGCACCUUCCUGCCACCCCGGGCAGUGUCUGGGCCCUCCGCUCCCCCCUCCCUCCACCUGCCCCAUCCACCCACCACCAACCACCACCAGCCCACUGGAACCCAGCUCAGGCGGAGGAAAGAUCAAGCCUAGAGACAUGGGAGUUCGAGGAGCAUUCCAUCUACUACUCGUGUGCCUGAGCCCAGCACUGUUGUCUGCUGUAAGGAUCAACGGGGAUGGCCAGGAGGUCAUGUAUCUGGCAGAAGGUGAUAAUGUGAGGCUAGGCUGCCCCUACAUCCUGGAUCCUGAGGACUAUGGUCCCAAUGGUCUGGACAUUGAGUGGAUGCAAGUCAACUCAGAACCCUCACAUAGAGAGAAUGUGUUUCUUACUUAUCAAGACAAGAGGAUCGGCCAUGGCAACCUCCCUCAUCUGCAGCAGAGGGUCCGCUUUGCAGCCUCAGAUCCCAGCCAGUACGAUGCUUCCAUCAACCUCAUGAACCUGCAGGUAUCUGACACAGCAACAUACGAGUGUCGGGUAAAGAAGACCACCAUGGCCACCAGGAAGGUCAUUGUCACUGUCCAAGCACGUCCUGCGGUACCCAUGUGCUGGACCGAAGGCCACAUGUCAAAGGGCAACGAUGUGGUACUGAAGUGCUUUGCCAAUGGAGGCUCGCAGCCCCUGUCCUACAAGUGGGCCAAGAUCAGUGGGCACAGUUACCCCUACCGAGCUGGCUCCUACCACUCGCAGCACAGCUUCCAUUCUGAACUUUCUUAUCAAGAAUCUUUCCACAGCUCCAUCAAUCAAGGCAUGGGCAAUGGGGACCUGGUGUUGAAAAAUGUCAAUGCAGAUGAUGAUGGGCUGUAUCAGUGCACAGUGGCCAACCAUGUGGGCUAUAGCGUCUGCGUGGUGGAAGUGAAAGUCUCAGACUCCCAGCGUGUAGGCAUGAUCGUCGGUGCGGUGCUGGGCUCUUUGCUCAUGUUGGCCUGCCUGGCACUAGGCAUCUGGGGGAUCAUCGCCUGCUGCUGCGGAGGCGGUGGGCCUGGUGGUGCCCGCGGCGCCUUCGGCUACGGGGUCGGCGGAGGGGCCUGCGGCGGCGACUUGGCUAGUGAGAUCAGAGUGGACGCCGAGGCGCCCGGGUGCAAGGCCAGCGGGCGCGGCAGCCGCGUCACCCACCUCCUGGGGUACCCGACGCAGAACGUCAGCCGCUCCCUGCGCCGCAAGUACGCGCCUCCGCCCUGCGGCGGCCCCGACGACGUGGCCCUAGUGCCCCGCGCUGCCUCCUCAGCCUGCGAAGCGGGCCCUUCCCCCGUCUACAUCAAGGUCAAGAGCGCGGAGUCGGCCGAUUGCGCCGACUGUGCCCAGGUCGAGCAGCGGUCGUGCAAGGACGGCCUCUUAGUGUGAGCGCGCAGCACCGGGCUGCGCCCCGGCUGGGAGGCGGUUCGGGGCUCUCCGCCCGCAGCUGGGGACAGGCUCGGGCGGGCACAGACCUGGCUCUCACCGGCCGCCUGGCGGCAGAGAGUUCAGGGGAAUUUCCCUCAGAGAUGCUAGGGAGACAGAGCCUCCUGUGGCUCUGAAGUAGGAGGGGGCGGAGGACGGAGAAAGACAGUUCAGAACCCUCCCUCAUCCCUGGGCUCCAGGGAGAGGAAGGGAGGGAAGCAGUCGGUAUCCCAGAACCGCAGAGGUACAACAAGCCAGGUGUCCCCAGCCAAGGCAGAGGGCCCCCAGCCCUGGGAAGGUGGGGGUCAGGACUGAACUGUUUUGUGUGUGAGUUCUGAGCUCCGAGGCAACAGUAUUAGCACAAUAAAGAAGCUUAAAGAC